GUACCACUGUAACUGCGCAUCUAUUUCAAAAAUCGAUACGGCGGGCGGCGGGGGUUGUGUUAGCCUGUUAGCCGCAUUGUAUUUUGUUUACAUAUUUAUUUUGUUUUUGUCCCGUCAUCCUUAUGCCGGUUGCAAUGAGUGAACUCGAUGAUGUGGUGCAGCGUUUGGCUGCCACGAGUGUUGAGCCAAGUGGAGUGUCUUUUCAAGGAAAGGGUCUAAAGUUGGACUCGGAAAAUGACGCCAAGGAAGUGGUGGACGCCAUGGCCAAAUGCACCGAUCUUACGUUCCUCAACCUAGAAGGAAACACUCUGGGAGUAGAAGCUUCAAAGGCAAUUGCCAAAGGUUUGGAAACGCACCCAGAACUGAAACGGGCAUUAUGGAAGGACAUGUUUACUGGACGUAUGAAGACCGAAAUUCCCAAGGCUCUACAAGCUUUGGGACAGGGUUUAAUGACUGCCCAAGCAAGACUAGUUGAACUUGAUCUUAGUGACAAUGCAUUUGGCCCUAUUGGUGUGGAAGGUUUAGCAACAUUACUUCGGUCACCCCCAUGCUACUCACUUCAAGAACUGCGCCUGAACAAUAAUGGCCUUGGGAUAUCUGGUGGCAAAUUGUUGGCCAAGUCUUUGCUGGAUUGUCACAACAAUGCUAAAGAAGCUGGUGGUAAAGGUCUUGGCCUUAGAGUGUUCAUUGCUGGUAGGAAUCGCUUGGAAAAUGAGGGUGCAACUGCUCUUGCAAAAGUUUUUAAGGCUGUAGGAACUCUGGAGGAGGUUGCAAUGCCACAAAAUGGCAUUUAUCAUGUUGGGAUCACAGCUCUCAGUGAAGGAUUACAACAAAACCCUAAUUUGAGGCUUUUAAAUUUGAAUGACAAUACACUUACAGCAAAAGGAGCUGCUGCUAUAUCCAAAGCUCUCCUAUAUCUCCCUGGGCUCCGGUCCCUAAACUUUGGUGACUGUCUACUAAAAACUAAAGGAGCUCAAUUUAUUGCUGAAGCUCUCACUGAAAAACACACACAGCUUGAGGAAGUUUACUUAAGUUGCAAUGAAAUUGGAUUGUUGGGAGGUCUUGCAAUUGUUACUGCUCUGGCAAACAAAAAGAAAUUGAUGAAAGUGGACCUUGAUGGUAACCAAUUUGGUGAUGAUGGCUGUGAACAAAUUCAAACUGUUCUGCUGAGUGCUGGUCACCAAGAAGGAGUACUCAGUUUGGAAGAUGAUGAAGGUGUUGAUGAUGAGGAAGAUGCUGAUGACAAUGAGGAGGAGGAUGAUGAAGAUGAGAAUGAUGGAGAAGAGGAAGAGGAUGAAGAGAAUGAUGAUUCCAAUGACACUGUGGAGGUUCCCCUUAAUCUUCCAAAUGAACAGUGUACUGUUCGUCAAUUUUUGGAGACUCCUACAGGUGAAAGACUUGUAUCUGUCACUACGGACAAACUCUUGCAGGAGGCAAAGUAUUUAGCGGAUGAGAAUUAUUUGGAAAACCUAUUGCCCAUGUUAAUGAAGGUUGCAGCUUUAUCUUCACACAGUAAUUCAAAGGUGCAACAGGUUGCUCUUAAAACAAGUGAAGAAUUGCUUAGACAUAUGUACAGCUGGGCGAAAAAAGGAGAUUCAUUCCGUUCUGCUUUAACAAAUAAUGCCUUACUUGUUCAUCUAGGGUUGAUCAAGAGCGAAGACAAAGCCCUGAAAGUUACAUGGAAUCUAGAUGGCUGCUUAGUAGCAUUGGAGCAUAGUAUUAAGCAGAAUGUCUUUCCUGAUAGCACACUACACUUACUUCGUUUCUUCCUCGAGAGGCCAAAUUCUCUUGUCAUUCUUCCUGUAACAAAACAGCGUAUAUUGGAUAUUCUCCCCAGAAGCAUUGCAUUAUAGUAAUUUUAUGGAUUGUCUACACUUUGGGUCUACAUGUCUUUCUUUGUCUGAAAAUUUGUUUUAUUCGUGUCCAACUACCUUCCUAGCAAUGAAAUAAUUGUAAAAUAAUUUAUUGAUCACUGAUGUACUUAUUUGCACUAUGUCAUGAAAUAAAUACAAUGUGGUCCCUUC